GUUUGUGCCAUAUUGGAAUGAGGUCGUGAACGACUAGGCGGAAAGAAACGGCAUCUAAAACCGACUUGAAAAACUAUUUACUGGUAAGAAUCAGAUUAUGUAACCAAAUACUCACAUACUAUAUUUUGUUUAUUACGAGCUUAAUAUGAUAUCAUGCAUUUUGAUGCUGUCUGCGUCUUUUUUCCCGUCUCUAAAAAAGAUGACUCGGGCUCGGUCGAGUGCAAGCGCCCUUAUUGCUCGCUACAGUGUAGCUAGCCUAUUGCUCAAGCCAUGACGUUCCAGUAACUUGACUUGGUCACAGACGUUUUUAGCAUGUGCCGAAUCAGCCGCAUUCGACUUGGUGCAUUUGGCAUCAGAACUGACCUAUAUGGAAUAAACACAGAAGCUAUGAAAUAUAUGUUAUUUCUUGCAUUCGGUGUCCUUCUCUUUAGUUCACGUUCCAGUGUGAAAGUUGGAUCAUCGGCGCUCGUGCCUGUGCAAAGCUAUUGCGUUAAUAGCUUGAAAAUCAUUGAAAGCAUCUAUCGAGAAUUCCCCGAAAAUGUUGUUACUGAACUUAAUCCAUUUAUCGCUCUUAUAUAAUAAAGGUUGCAAGCUUGAUAGUAGACGCCUCUGGUGUAUUUGACUUUAAAUCAAAUAGGCCUAGGAAUCUUUUAGAUUUUAUUUUCAUUUUAUUUCAUUGUUGUUGUAUGCCUAACAGAUAAAUUAUGCUAUAAACAUUGCCAUUUACACGUAGGCUACUCUAAGCACUAAGCUGCCUAUUUCUCUCCAACUAUAACUCCAAUUUCCCAGUUAUGCAACUUGAGUAAUCGCAGCAACAUUGUUUCAAUUGACCUUCUGCUAUAAACUGCAACAUUGUUUCAAUUGAUGUGCCAUAUAGCCUAAAUUGCAACAUUGUUUCAUUUGACAUGCCGAUGAAAUAUCAAUAUGAAGUGUUUUUUGCAUAAAAAUGUGAUAUCCACUUCUGCGGAUCAGGCUCUUCUAUGGGCAUUUACACGAAAAAUCCAGUUCGAAUGACAGUUUCAAUACUGUGCUUUAUGGGGACAACAACUGUCUUUUGACGUGCUUAUGGGGACAACUGUCUUCUGACGUGCGAUGGGCGCUCGGGCACCCCAGUUACAUUAGGCCACUAUUUGACAAUGGCAACAUACAACCCUGAAAUACAAUCUCUCAAAGAACAAGAAGCCUAUGUGUAGGCUAAUUGCCGACAAUAAGGAUUCAUAAACACAUCGUGUAGGCUAAUAUUGUUGAAAACGUGUUACACUUGAUGAAAAUACUCCCAUUAGUCUAAGGUUAUUCUUGACAUAAACCCAUUUCAUCAACAGACUUCACUUUCGUUUACAGUACGUUUCUAAAACCCUUGUGUGUCCAAUCAAUGCAUUUCUUUAACUUGCAUUUACUGCCCAGCGGCCACUCAGUGUGACUCAGAGGACUUAAUUCAGGCAAUGGCAUGUUAAGCACUGAUCAAAUGAUCCAAUAGCUGCUGGGAGGCGGUUGUAAAAAUCAGCGUGUGUUUGUGUAUGCAUUCUAGUUUCUCUUUCAGGGUGAGUCAGUGUAUAUUCUGGUGGAGAGAGUCAGGCAGGCAGUCAGUCUCAGUGGUGUAAAGUACUUAAGUAAAAAUACUUGAAAGUACUACUUAAGUAGUUUUUUGGUGUAUCAGUACUUUACUUUACUAUUUAUAUUUUUGAUUACUUUUACUUUUACUUCACUACAUUCCUAAAGAAAUGAUGUACUUUUUACUCCAUACAUUUUCCCUGACACCCAAAAGUAUUCAUUACAUUUUGAAUGCUUAGCAGGACAAUAAAAUUGUCUAAUUCACACAAUUAUCAAAAGAACAUCCCUGGUCAUCCCUACAGCCUCUUAUCUGGUGGAUUCACUAAACACAUGCUUCGUUUGUAAAUGAUGUCUGAGUGUGCCCCUGGCUAUUUACAUUUUUAGUCAUUUAGCAGACGCUCUUAUCCAGAGCGACUUACAGUUAGUGAGUGCAUACAUUUUCAUACUGGGCCCCCGUGGGAAUCAAACCCACAACCCUGGCAUUGCAAGCGCCAUGCUCUACCAACUGAGCUACACGGGGGCUAUCUGUAAAUAAAAUAAAAACAAGAAAAUGAUGCUGUCAGGUUUGCUUAAUAUAAGGACUUUGAAAUGAUUUAUACUUUUACUUUUACUUUUGAUACUUAAGUAUAAUUUAUCAAUUACAAUCACUUUUGAUACUUAAGUAUAUUUAAAACCAAAUACUUUUAGACUUUUACUCAAGUAGUAGUUUACUGGGUGACUUUCACUUCUACUUGAGUCAUUUUCUAUUAAGGUAUCUUCUUCUCAGCGUCAUUCAGACUUGUGUAUAUGUCAUAUUGAAGUAAUGAUUUAAAAAAACUUGCUGACAUUUUCAAUCCUUCUUUUUCUUUCAAUCAACAACUUUGAGAAUAUUUUUUUGAGAUAAUCAGUUAUUAUAAUGCAGCCCAACACUGAGGGCUGGCUCUUUGUAAAUAGCUAAAUGGCUCUGCUGCUCUUUUCAUCCUCUAGUGUUUGAGACGUGAGUGUGACCUCAAGGACAAUGAGGCCCUCAGCUGGAUAGCUGUGUGUGUGUGUGUGUGUGUGUGUGUGUGUGUGUGUGUGUGGGCAGCAGGGUUGUGGGUGAAGGGCUGAACCUGGGUUAUGUGGGUCGUGGUGUCCGGGCAGUGGUCAGGGGGACCCUGUCUGAUGGCUGUCUCCUCUUUAAUAGAGACAUCAGACAUGACAAAGACAGGCCUGACAGCCCUGCUGAAUGGAGCAGCAGUGACAGAGCAGCUAUCCUCUGCAUCCUUUACACAAACCUCUCAGCUAUUGUCAUCUCUAAUGCUCUCUCAUGCCCAGUAUAUAAAUGCUAUUUCUCUUGUUGUGUUAAGUUAUUUCAUCCGCUUUGUUGUCACAGAGUGGCUAUAGGCCCACAGCUCGACUUUGUUUCAAAGUUGUGGUCUGUUUGAGAUAUCUUUGGCCUCAUUUAGCAUUUUUAAAAAGUAUUAAGUCCUCUCUCAUACUUUUAGCAACUUAGCAAGGCCAUUUUGUACAAGCAAGGUCAUUUAGUAUUUUCAAAACACGUACCUAAAUAUUCUCUGUUUCACUUCUUCUCUCACGCACACUAACUAAACUUUGUUUAUGCUUCCAUUUGCUAAGCGCCCCUCCCCAUCCAAAAAACUAAAUGUAAGCACUGGACACAUUCAAAUUACAUCCCUUACACCAGCUAUGCCACUUUUACCAACAGCCUACUAUGCUUUCUUGCUUUCCUGGUUUUGGCUGUCAAACAGAUUUUAAAGAAUGAUGUCCAUCUUUUCUAGAUAAUAAUCAGUCUCUCCUUUCUUCCCCAGAGCUUCUAGACUUGGCCAGUAGGAGGAGCCAACAUGAGUCAUGAGUUGCUGGAGUCCGGUGAGUAACAACAUGGACCUGCAGCUUUGUUACUGGUGGAGAGGGCUUUCUGACAUAACAUAAUUAACCUGUGUGUGUGUGUGUGUGUGUGUGUGUGUGUGUUGCAGAUGGGGACUCUAGUCAGGAUGUGUCUGACUUUAACUGGGAUGACUAUCUGGAGGAGAACGGGGCAGUGUCUGUGCCCCACCAUGCCUUCAAACAUGUAAGUACUGAGACUAUUUACACUCCUCAUAACCACACACAAUACGCAUACACUGUUGAUCAAUAGUUGACCUUAUAAGAGCUUUUCAUAUAUCAUUCUCUCCAGGUGGACCAGGGCUUGCAGACGGGUCUGACUCCAGGUAUGAAGCUGGAGGUGUGUGUGCGUUCAGAGACUGACCAACCCUACUGGGUGGCCACCAUCAUCACCACCUGUGGCCAGCUGCUCCUCCUGCGCUACGAAGGUUACCACGACGACCGCCGCGCCGACUUCUGGUGUGACAUCAUGACGGCUGACCUCCACCCCCUGGGCUGGAGCCGGGAGCAGGGCAAACCCAUGAGACCCCCCGAGGGUGAGGGAGAUAGGGCUGGGGAGGGAACUCAGUGGGAUGGCUGUUUUGAAUUAUCUCUUCCACGCCCAACUAGUUGUACGAGGGUUAUUACGAGGUUAUUACAGUGAAAUCUAGACCUGAGUUUUUCAAAGACAUUUCCCAAGCUUGUUUUGAUAUUCUGUAACCAUGUCUCUCCAUCGCCCCCCUCAGGUGUGAGAGAGAAGCAACCAGACUGGGAGGGCGUCCUGGAGAAAGCCCUAGCUGAGAAGUGCAGUGCACCUGCCAACCUGCUGGAAGGGGUGAGAGAGGCUCAGUUGUAAACUGGAACAACUGGGAAUGUAUGCCAGAUAAGCAAGGGUUUUGAGCUCCCUUUGUAUCAGUAAGGGUAUUGGUGAGUGUAACCUAGCAUGUCCUUACUUGUGUGUGUGUGCCUGCGUGCUUACGCGUGUGUGUAUAGCCCCAGCGAGGUAAGGACCCGGUGGACCUGCUGUCUCCAGGCUGCAGUGUGGAGCUGCAGGACAGUGUUGACCCUGGGGUGGCGUGGGGCGCUGAGGUGGAGGAGAACAUGGGUGGCAGGCUGAGACUACGUCUAGCGGGCACAGAGGGGCUCCCUGAUACACACUCCACCCUCUGGCUCUACUACCUGCACCCCCACCUCCACCCACCUGGCUGGGCCAAGGAGCACAGCUGCACCCUCACGCCUCCUUCAGGUAAACUGCUCUUUUCAAAAAGAUCUUGGGUGAAUUACGUUUCAAGAUGCAAAAAGCAACAAAUGAUUCAUGAAUAAAGGUUGUGUUUUUUUACUGUUUUAAUAUGAUAAUCUGUGUGUGUGCUUGCUUGUUUCAGCUCUGGUCCCCCUGCACACGGAGGAGGAGUGGGAGGAGGUCAGACAGAGGAUCAGUGAUCAGCCUCAUGAUGAUGCCCUCUCUGAAGAGUUCUAUAAGGUAAAGGCACUACCAAGCAGUAUGUACUAACACUACAAGGGUCUGUGGAAUACCAGUGCAAUAUUGAUAGAACGAGCCAUCACUGUGUGUGUGUGUGUGUGUGUGUGUCUGCUUCAGGACCGGCCUGCCGUUGCUGCCCACUGCUUCACUGAGGGGAUGAAACUGGAGGCCGUUGACCCUGCGUACCCUUUCUGCAUCAGUCCUGCCACCGUUACCAAGGUGAGAACCUCUUUACUGGCCCCGUCUCACCUCAGGCUCCUAGAAUUGUCUGAAUACGUUCUUCUCAGACCAGAGAUGAUUAAUAUGACUGGGUUGGAUGAUGGCAGUACAGUAGUAAAGGCACUCCAGCCCACCCAACAGUUUGCACUAUAUUGUUGUUGCAUAUUCAGUCCACUCAGAUCAGUGGUCACCUCAGGACUAGGAGAGUAGAAAUUUGCUAAGAUAAAUCCUGACAUAGUACCCAUGUAAACUCUGGUAGCCUACCCACUCCAAGUAGAAGUGGAAGUCAUUGAGAUACAGUAUGGUAGUGUAUGUGAGGCUAGCUUUGGGUGUGAUAUGGUUAUGGAACAAGGGUAGGGUAACUACUGCAUAGAGCAGACAUGACCCACUGGGCACACACUGGUUAAACUAACGUGGAAUAGAAGUUGAUUUAAUGUCUGUGCCCAGUGGGGAGUGUGAUGUGAUACCCUAACUCUCCUCUUCAGGUGUUCAGUGAUGAGUGCUUCCUAGUAAAGAUGGACAGUCUCCGUGGUGAUGAUUCGGGGGCAGAGGGCGUUGGGUCCUUCCUGUGUCACAGGGACAGUCCUGGGAUCUUUCCUGCCCAGUGGAGCCUGAAGAAUGGCCUCCCGCUCAGCCCCCCUCCAGGUGAGGAAACGCUAGUAACAUUUACAGAGCUACUUUUAAUAAUGUGCUCAGUUAUUAUUUUUAGGCUUUAGCUAAUUGUAUUGUGUUCUCUCUCUCCGUUUGUGUAGGGUACCAGGGGCAGGACUUUGACUGGGCAGACUACCUGAAACAGUGCGAGGCUGAGGCAGCACCCCAACACUGCUUCCCCACAGUGAGUCAAGCUCUGUCUGACAUAGAACAAUGCUAUAUAACAUGAGUGUAUAGCUUGGGUGAACAGGGGACAUGAAUAAUCUCUCUCCUGAUGUAUCUCUGUCUACCUCUCAGGAACAGUCUGAUCACAGCUUUAAAGAGGCCAUGAAGUUGGAGGCGGUCAACCCACUCUCACCUGAGCACAUUCACGUGGCAACGGUAACCAAGGUCAAAGGGCAACAUAUCUGGCUUGGCCUGGAAGGUGAGAACCUGUAGCUACGUAUCAUAUCUGGGCCCUGCAUUUUUAAAUCUUAGUCUGAAACCAUUUGAGUGUGAGCUUGUGCACACUGAUGGUAUUAAUAUUAGAUCAUUAAUUAGUUAUGUGGGUCUAAAUAAGUUGUGUCUCUGUGUGUCUAGGGCUGAAACAGGCUAUACCAGAGAUGAUCGCUCAUGUGGACUCGUUGGAUAUGUUCCCUGUCAGCUGGUGUGAGACCAACGGUUACCCCCUGCUGUACCCCAUCAAGCCCAAAGGUGGGUGUCCCAAAAUAAGAUCACUUUGUGUCCCUCUCUAAUCUGAAGGGGAGCCACUAGCAUGCCACAAUAUGCAUGGAAGUGUUAACCAUUGCAGUCAGCGUAUUUGACAGUACUCUGUAUAGUUUCAGUAGAGUUUUAUUAAUGGUGAUUAUACAUUGUCUUACAGUUGAGAAGCAGAGGAGGAUUGCUGUGGUGCAGCCUGAGAAACAGUAAGUAGGCCUAUGGGAAAGGGAGGAAUCUAUCAUUGGCUGGUCAUUGGCUGUUUGUCCACUUUUGAUUGGUUAACACUCCAGUCCCAUGCACUUUGACCCCUAACCUGUAUCUUUGUCCCUACAGCCGAGCACUACCCAAAUCCACAACACCUGACACACUCAAGCUGCAGGUGGCCAGCCAAUCAGAGACUGGUGAGUGUUUCUCAUGUAGACAUUCCAGAUAAAUACAUUAGUAGGGUUUCUAACCUGAGGCACAGCCCUUACAUUGUGUGUGAUGUGUUUGUGAACAGGACAGGGGAAUGGAAAGUACUGCUGUCCCAAGAUCUUCUUCAACCACCGCUGCUUCUCUGGCCCCUACCUGAAUAAGGGCCGCAUCGCUGAGCUGCCCCAGUGUGUCGGCCCUGGCAACUGUGUCCUGGUGCUCAAAGAGGUGAGGAGCACCUGGGUGGGAUUGGAACAACCGUACUAUACUAUGAUAGGGCUGUGGAUAUUUUGUCAGCCAGUAACUGUCAUGCAAAUGACUGCUGUUCUCACGUUAAUUUACCAUUAAUUAACAUAAACACCUUAAGCAUCUCCGGGCUUCCACGUAUACAAGCUGCUGAUGCACGCCUUUGGAACAUCUAGGCCUACAUUUUAAAAAGUCUAACAGGUUAAAACAGGUCCUAUAUGCUACUCUUAAUUUAGAGUUAAUUGGUAACUUUAGUUGUGAUAGGUAUACAAACCAUACAAAUAAAAACAUAUGGGCUGCAUGAUGCGACUCUAUAUUGAUGAUUUGGAACAAGUUGCCAAAAAAGGCAUGCGCUCUAAUCCUUGCGCUUCCCGCAGAGAGAGAGAGAGAAUUGCAUUGCUGCUCUGCUUGUGUGGCAAGCAAAUUGGGAGAUAUCUAGAUGGAAUUCAAAUUAUAGAAUUAAAAGUGAAAUGAGAAGGAAAGGCUACAACGACCAAAAGCCAACCGGUAGGCUGCUACUUAAUAUUCUGAAUGGAGUUGUUGUUAUUUGUAGGCUAACUGUAGGACGGUGAGAAGUGCAGUAGCGUUAUGGCUAGCCUCAAUUAGCCCAGUUACUUGCUUCUCUCGGUUUGAUGCAGUCAAGGCAGGUAGGCUACUAUGCAACCGGAUGGAUGAUAAAUAACUAGCAAGAAGUUAGUCUACUAGCACGAGAUAACAGUGGUUGCUGUGUCUUUCUCCCUCCGUACCUGCUCCGGUGCUCCGAGCCUCCUGCGUCUUACUCACACUCACACACCACACGGCCCCUCCCCUGCUCCAUAGUAGUUGGAGCUGCUCUCUCUCACUUUCUCCCUAGCGCCGGUUAAUAAAGUAGCAAAACAAUUUGCUUUUCUGAUCGUUAUCUUUAGGUCAGUUCGGAAUGUGUUUUUAAAAUGUCAUUAUGCAUUUUGGGUCCAGGGCUUUCCCGUGACCAUUUCAGAACGGGACCUCUUAACACCCAUCACCAUUUGUCCUCAUCAUUCAGAUUAUUCAAAUUCAAUCAUAAAUUGUUUAGAGAGUAAUUAGAGGGACUAUAGAGCGCUGAAUACCAGGCCAUUAGUGAGGGCCGUUAGCAAGUUGGGUAGGCUACCCAUAAGCGGCAUUCAUUCAUGCAGUUUUGGAUGGGAUUACCGUGACCAACGGUCACAUGUCAUUUUACUGUGGUCAUGACUCGUGACUGUCGGUGUGGAGGUAAUACGGUCACCGCGACAGCCUUGCACUAUGAUGUUAUAACUGUAUUACGUUGUACUAAAACUACGUGAACUAAACUACUCAAAUCUCCUUAGGGCAGUUGGUAAUAGGGUGAAAUCUUGCUAUCCCAGAGAUCACUCCUGACUUCCCACUUAGACUGGGAACAGUAUCCAUGCUAACCCCUUCAUGUCUCUCUCCAUCUCCCUGUGUCCUGUCCAGGUGUUGAGUCUGCUGAUCAACUCAGCCUACAAGCCCAGCCGGGUGCUCAGGGAGCUGCAGCUGGACCAGGAGGACCGCUGGCACGGCCAUGGAGAGACGCUCAAAGCCAAGUGAGAAACACAUGCUCCAUCAUAACGUCAUUACAAUCACCCAAUGCACUUUCUACAUAGAUUCAAUCUAAACUUUUCUGCUCAUGUUUAUGGUUGAGUUGAUGAUUGAAGUGUGUACUGGGAUUGGCUAAGCUGUCCUAGCGUUGCUAACCUGAGGAUCUGUUUUUGACCGGCAGGUACAAGGGAAAGAGUUACCGGGCUACGGUGGACAUAGUGCGUACGGCGGAUCGCGUGGCAGAGUUCUGUAGGAAGACCUGCAUCAAGCUGGAGUGUUGCCCAAACCUGUUUGGACCUCGCAUGGUUCUGGAGCGCUGCUCAGAGAACUGCUCUGUGCUCACCAAGACCAAAUACAGUACGUGUGACCUACUCAAUCGCUCUAGAUCAAAUACAUAUGAGUGUUCAGAAAUCAGGUGUUAUGGAGAUAAAGAGGCACUCAAAGCUGAUAUGCAAGGGGGGAAAAUCAACAAAUAGGGGACGCAGUGUCUGUUUUAUGUGUACUUCAUUAUGUACCUACAGUGCAUUUGGAAAGUAUUCAGACCCCUUUACUUUUUCCACAUUUUGUUACGUUACAGCCUUAUUCUAAAAUGGAUUAAAUUAAACAAAUUAGUUAUCAGUCUACACACAAUACUCCAUAAUGACAAAGCAAAAACAGAAAUACCUUAUUUACAUAACUAUUCAGACACUUUGCUAUGAGACUCGAAAUUGAGCUCAGGUGCAUCAUGUAUCCAUUGAUCAUCCUUGAGGUGUUUCUACAAUUUGAUUGGAGUCCACCUGUGGUAAAUUCAAUUUAUUGGAUAUGAUUUGGAAAGACACACACCUGUCUAUAUAAGGUCCCACAGUUGACAGUGCAUGUCAGAGCAAAAACCAAGCCAUGAGGUUGAAGGAAUUGUCCGUAGAGCUCUGAGACAGGAUUGUGUCAAGGCACAGAUGUGGGGAAGGGUACCAAAAAUGUUAUUCAGCAUUGAACGUCCCCAAGAAGACAGUGGCCUCCAUCAUUCUUAAUUGGAAGAAGUUUGGAACCACCAGGACUUCCUAGAGCUGGCCGCCCGGCCAAACUGAACAAUCAGGGGAGAAGGGCCUUGGUCAGGGAGGUGACCAACAACCCGAUGGUCACUCUGACAGAGCUCCAGAGUUCCUCUGUGGAGAUGGGAGAACCUUCCAGAACAACCAUCUCUGCAGCACUCCACCAAUCAGGCCUUUAUGGGAGUGGCCAGACGGAAGCCACUCCUCAGUAAAAGGCACAUGACAGCCCGCUUGGAGUUUACCACAAACACCUAAAGGACUCUCAGACCAUGAGAAAAAAGAUUCUCUGGUCUGAUGAAACCAAGAUUGAACUCUUUGGCCUGAAUGCCAAGCGUCAUGUCUGGAGGAAACCUGGCACCAUCCCUACGGUGAAGCAUGGUGGUGGCAGCAUCAUGCUGUGGGGAUGUUUUUCAGCGGCAGGGACUGGGAGACUAGUCAGGAUCGAGGGAAAAAUGAACGGAGCAAAGUACAGAGAGAUCCUUGAUGAAAACCUGCUCCAGAGCGCUCUGGACCUCAGACUGGGGCGAAGGUUCACCUUCCAACAGGACAACGACCCUAAGCACAUGGCCAAGACAACGUAGGAGUGGCUUCGGGACAAGUCUCUGAAUGUCCUUGAGUGGCCCAGCCAGAAACCGGACUUGAACCCGAUCGAACAUCUCUGGAGAGACCUGAAAAUAGCUGUGCAGAGAAAAAUGGGAGAAAUGCCCCAAAUUCAGGUGUGCCAAGCUUGUAGCGUCAUAACCAAGAAGAAUCGAGGCUGUAAUCGCUGCCAAAGGUGCUUCAACAAAGUACUGAGUAGAGGGUCUGAAUACUUAUGGAAAUGUGAUAUUUCCGUUUCUUUUUUAAAUGUUUUUUGCAAAAAUGUCUAAAAACCUGUUUUUGCUUUGUCAUUAUGGGGUAUUGUGUGUAAAUUGAUGAGGGGGAAAAAACGAUUUAAUUAAUUUUAGAAUAAAGCUGUAACGUAACAAAAUGUUGAAAAAGUCAAGGGGUAUGAAUACUUUCUGAAUGCACUGUAUGUCGAUGAUAAUAAAGUAUUGGAUGCAUAAUGCUCAGGAGGACUGAGAUUGGAGUAUUGAUUUGUUCUUUGAAGCUUAUUACUAUGGUAAGAAGAAAUGUAAGCGAGUGGGCCGCCCACCAGGGGGGCAUUCUAACCUAGAAGGAGGGGUGAAGAGAAGAGGUAGAAGGAGGAAGAGGAGAAAGCAACUCUUUGUCCAUAAGAAGAGGCGCUCCUCAGCCUCACUGGACAACACACCUGCCGGUUCACCACAGGUAACAGACACACUCGCACACACACACACACACACACACACACACACACACACACACACACACACACACACACACACACACACACACACUCACACUCACACUCCUAUCCAGAUAUAUUUAAACUGAACAAUCCCUUUCUCUAACACAGGGGAGUGGAGAUGAGGAGGAUCUGGAUGAUGGGGACUCUCUGAGUGACGAUACUGGCUCUGAGCUCCAGGAUGAUCAGGACGAUUCAGAAUAUUCCAUUGGGAAGUCUCAACCACCCACCCCAUCCCCUUCUCCUCCUGCAACGCCCAGGCCCACCCGAAAACGCAGGAAACCUCGCUCCCCAUCUUACUCUGAUGAUGAGAACCACCCACCUUCACCAAAGGUAGACUACUGUGCCUUGACUAUUUGUUUGUUCACUGUGAAUAGACGGUUGGGUGUUUAGCAACAAAACCGACACGUGCACAACUAUGGGGCAAAACUGACAGUUUGGCUUAGAUUGUUGACAAGAUGUUAACUAUAUUUUGUCUCCAAUGUUUAUUGAAAACAUAAAUACAUUUGCACAAUGAGCACUUGUUGUCUCUCAAAUACAUCGUUACAGUUGUUGGUUAGCUAGCUAGCAAGUUUUAGCCAUAUUAGCAUAGACGUGACAUCAGUCAAAAUACCUCAAAACAAGGCAUGGUAUCAAGAACAAGAUCAAACUAGCUGAAACGAGCCACCUACGACUCCCCACAUGGCAGCUUCUUGUCAUUGUUGCUAGCCAUCUGGCCAUCCAGAAUCACAACACAUGACCUUCUGCCCCAUUGAAGUGUGAGCAUUGUUUAAUUUGACGUUGUCAGCUAACCCGUCUAUAUAUAUAGUAUAUUGAAUGGUCUGGGUCUUAUUGCCCCUGUUAAAGUUAAAACCCAUAAUUAACUGCAUAUCUGUGUUCUGCAGAGUUCGAGAGGUGAGGCUCCCCAGAAACUGUGUUUGGACACCAGUCCCCUGGAGUGGAGUGUGACUGAUGUGGUGUGUUUCAUCAGGACCACUGACUGUGCUCCCCUGGCACGUAUCUUCCUGGAUCAGGUAUUAAUCACACACAGACACACACACACAUACACACACAGAAUCAUUCUCUCGAUGUCACGAGGGUCUAUGUCGUCUAAGUAUGACCAAGGCGCAGCGUGUCCAAGAAACAUGACUUUAAUGUGGAAACACACGACAAAACAAAACACGACUCAAUGACGUCCUCAGUUACACCGACUGAAUAUAGAACAAUGGAACAAAAACCCACAACCACAAAGUGAAAACACACAGUUUAAAUAUGGCUCCCAAUCAGAGAUAACGAGCCGACAGCUGACACUCGUUACCUCCGAUUGGGAGUCAUUGACCAAUCACCACUAAACACAAACAAAUGAAACACACCCAUCCCCAACACCACCAAAUGAAAUACACCCUGGCUCUAACACACAGUCCCGGAGCCAGAGUGUGACAGUACCCCCCCCCAAAGGCGCGGACUCCGACCGCGCCUAACCCAAAAAAUGGGGAGGGCUGGGUGGGUGUUGCUCCUCGGAGGCGGCUCUGGCACUGGUCGUGGUCCCCACCCCACCAUAGUCACUACCCGCUUUAGUAGCCUCCUCCAUUUGACCACCCUACAACCUAACCCACCUGGAUUAAGGGGCAGCACCGGACUAAGAGGCAGCACCGGACUAAGGGGCAGCACCGGACUAAGGGACAGCACCAGGAUAAGGAGCAGCACCGAGCUAAGGGACAGCACCGGACUAAGGGGCAGCACCAGGAUAAGGGACAGCACCAGGAUAAGGAGCAACACCGAGCUAAGGGGCAGCACCGGACUAAAUGGCGGAUCCUGGCUGGCUGGCUCUGGUGGAUCCUGGCUGGCUGGCGGAUCCUGGCUGGACGGCUCUGGCGGAUCCCGGCUGGACGGCUCUGGCGGAUCCCGGCUGGACGGCUCUGGCGGAUCCCGGCUGGACGGCUCUGGCGGAUCCCGGCUGGACGGCUCUGGCGGAUCCCGGCUGGACGGCUCUGGCGGAUCCCGGCUGGACGGCUCUGGCGGAUCCCGGCUGGACGGCUCUGGCGGAUCCUGGCUGGACGGCUCAUGGCUGGCUGACGGAUCUGGCUGCCCAUGGCUGGCUGACGGAUCUGGCUGCUCAUGGCUGGCUGACGGAUCUGGCUGCUCAUGGCUGGCUGACGGAUCUGGCUGCUCAUGGCUGGCUGACGGAUCUGGCUGCUCAUGGCUGGCUGACGGAUCUGGCUGCUCAUGGCUGGCUAACGGAUCUGGCUGCUCAUGGCUGGCUGACGGAUCUGGCUGCUCAUGGCUGGCUGACGGAUCUGGCUGCUCAUGGCUGGCUGACGGAUCUGGCUGCUCAUGGCUGGCUGACGGAUCUGGCUGCUCAUGGCUGGCUGACGGAUCCUGGGGACGCACACAAGGCCUAGUGCGUGGUGCCGGAACUGGUGGUCCCGGGCUGAGGACACGCAUCUCAGGGCUAGUGCGGGGAGCAGCAACAGGACGCACAGGACUCUGGGGACACACAGGAGGCUUGGUGCGAAUAGCCGGAACGGGCUGGACCAGGCUGGCGACUCGCACCCCUGGUUUGGUGCGAGUGGCAGGAACAGGCCGGGCCGGGCUGGCGACGCACACCGUAGGCUCCGUACGUGGCACAGGAACCGGCCGGGCUGGGCUGGCGACGCACACCGUAGGUUUCCUACGUGACGCAGGGACAGGCCGGGCUGGGCUGGCGACGCACACCGUAGGCUUCGUACGUGGCGCAGGAACAGGCCGGGCUGGGCUGGCGACGCACACCGUAGGCUUCCUACGUGGCGCAGGGACAGGCCGGGCUGGGCUGGCGACGCACACCGUAGGCUUCGUACGUGGCGCAGGAACAGGCCGGGCUGGGCUGGCGACGCACACCGUAGGCUUCCUACGUGGCGCAGGGACAGGCCGGGCUGGGCUGGCGACGCACACCGUAGGCUUCGUACGUGGCGCAGGAACAGGCCGGGCUGGGCUGGCGACGCACACCGUGGGCUUGACGCGUGGAGUAGACACAGGCCGGUCCGUACUGGGAACACACACCACUGGCCUUAACCGGGGCUCAGGAACGGGCCGGACCGGACUGGUAACACACUUCAGUCUCUCACGCCGUGCCACAACAACUUCCCUCCCUCUACUCGCCAAUGGCUCCCGUACUCCGGUAGCCUUCUCUCCACGUCUACCUGUGGCAGCCUCCUGCUGCCCAGCCGCCCAAGCCAUGUGCCCCCCCCCAAAAAUUUCUUGGGGUUGCCUCUCGUUCUUCCGACGAUGGCCCUGCCGACGCCGUUGCUCCUCUCUCCGUCGCCUCUCCACAGUUUCGCUCCAUGGACGGCGAUCCAUCCCAUCCAGGAUCUCCUCCCAAGUCCAGGACCCUUUUCCGUCCAAAAUCUCCUCCCAUGUCCAGACCCUAGGCUCCUGGACACGCUGCUUGGUCCUUUGAUGGUGGGUUUUUCUGUCACGAGGGUCUAUGUCGUCUAAGUAUGACCAAGGCGCAGCGUGUCCAAGAAACAUGACUUUAAUGUGGAAACACACGACAAAACAAAACACGACUCAAUGACGUCCUCAGUUACACCGACUGAAUAUAGAACAAUGGAACAAAAACCCACAACCACAAAGUGAAAACACACAGUUUAAAUAUGGCUCCCAAUCAGAGAUAACGAGCCGACAGAUUGAAAAUGUACCAGCCUGAAUAACAUGAUGCGCUGUUCUAAGUUGUCAAAUGAGGGUUUGUAAAGUCAUGAAAAGUAAUAGAAAUUAUUUUCAUAAUUGUUGUUAAUGUAAUUCAUGAAAGCACACUUUUAAAUAUGAUCAAUCAAUUAAAAAACGACAUAUCAGCCACAAUUCCCCCUUAUUGAAUGAGGGAAUUGUAUAAAGACAAAGGUAUUUGCUUGUAAUGUUGAAAAAGCCAAGCCUGCACACCCAGGAGCUCUCCAGAUGGAGGGUUGACCACAUGUUGACAACAUGUGACUAACAGUGCAGUUCUAUGUGGGGAGGCUAGGUGCCUUGAUCAAGGGCACAACGGCAGGAUCAGACGCAGCAGCUUUCCAGUGUCAAUAAUGCUUAACCUUUUCAUGUAGGCUAUAAUAAUUGUCAUGAAAAUGUGGUUAAAGGUCAUGGAUAACAGUGAAUAAUCAGAGGUCUCUAUAGCAUAAUGUCAUUUGUGAAUUUCGGUAAACAUAGUCUAAUGGACCGACUUGGAAAAAGACAGCUCCUGCACUUCUUCCAUCCCAAGUCAAGCACUGGUGUACAGUGUGGCUUAAAUCCAUUACCAUUGUUGUCUAACCCCAUGGCCGUGCUUGUGUUUUCAGGAGAUUGAUGGACAGGCUCUGCUUCUGCUCAACCUGCCCACACUACAGGAGUGUAUGGAGCUGAAACUGGGACCAGCCAUAAAGCUGUGUCACCAUAUCGAAAGGGUCAAACUGGAAUUCUACCAGAAAUUUGCAUCAUAG